AUGUCUUCCAACGGUCCUCCACACUUGGACCUGACGCUACCAUCUAGCGACAAGGAUGGAUCUUCAUUUGCGCCCUUUGAUAUCCCCCAAGAGACUUUUCAACCAUCUCAGAGCACUACAAUGCCAUCGUCAGAACCUGUCGAACCUACAUUAGCCUCUCCCCAUCCCGAGCACACCGAGCCGAUUGACACUGCAGCCAACAUUCCAACCUCUGGCAACAAAGACAACACUGCACCGGCUCCCACGGUUGAACAGAGCCCUACGGAUGCUGCUCCAACAGACCAUGAAACGUCGGCCAAGGUUGGGCUAGAGUCGACUGAAGCGUCCGCCCCUGAGCCCUCGUCCGACCUCUCCGACGCCCUUGCAAAAGAAGUUGAGCACACCGGCCCGUCGCUGACCAUCACGCUGCUCCUGACAACUGGUUCUCGUCAUCCGUUUGAAAUUGAUGGAAAUUAUCUGCAAAAACGGGGCGUCAAUGUCGAGAACCAUGAUCCAUUUGCCAUGAGUGUAUAUACUCUGAAAGAGUUGAUUUGGAAGGAAUGGCGGCAAGAUUGGGAAACUCGACCAACUUCGCCGAGCUCGAUCCGGUUGAUUUCGUUUGGCAAGUUGUUGGAUGACAAGUCUCCGUUGUCAGAUUGCAAAUUCAACAAGGAUGCUCCUAACGUGGUACACAUGACGGUCAAACCCCAGGAGAUUGUCGAUGAAGAAGAUGCCAAGGGCGCAAAGGGCACUUACCAGGGGGAACGUGAGGCCAGUGAGCGUAGCCCUGGUUGCCGUUGUAUCAUUCAAUGA